CAUCUCUUUUAAUUUAUCACUCUAAAAUACUACAUAUAUAUAUAUCCUUAAUUAUUGUGUAAUUCUAGAGGUACGGUCUUCUAGAUAUAUAGAGAUCGAACAAACGAAAAUGAUCACAAGCCAACAUGAUGGUCCUUGUGGAGCCUGCAAGUUGUUAAGAAGAAAGUGUGUGAAAAAUUGUGUGUUUGCACCCUAUUUUGACCCUGACCAAGCUGGUACCACUCACUUUGCGGCUGUGCACAAAGUGUUCGGAGCUAGCAACGCCUCCAAGCUCCUCCUUAGAGUCCCACCCCACCGCCGUCUAGACGCUGUCGUUUCGCUAUGCUUUGAAGCUUUAUCUAGAGUUAGAGAUCCUGUGUAUGGCUGUGUUGCCAAUAUCCUUACCCUCCAGCAACAGGUUGUUAAUUUACAGACAGAGUUGUCAUAUGUCCGUGCACAAGUUUCCAUGUUGCAAUGCCAUCCUCAACAACAAGAGUACCAAUCGUCAAUGGACAUUUCAACGUUGUCUCCUAAUAAACUUACCUCUAGUUGUUCAACAAUAGACGAAGAGGCUGUUAAGAUUGAACAAAUGUUGCUUACCACACCAACAUUUUGUUCCAACAACGACACACUGAUCACAAGCGAAGAUCUUGAUGAAGAGAGUGACCUAGAAAUGUUAGCUCAAGCGUUUCUCGCAAAGUAUCAGCCUUGAUCGCAUUAAUUAAUGUCUGACCUUACACCUAAUUAAUUGUUUUUGGAAAUACGAUAUCCUUAAAAUUAGAAGGGCCGAAGGCGUGUCACGUCGUUAAAGAGUCUGUAUUAACCACAUAUAUCCUAGGCUAGGAUUUCUUCUUCUAACAAUUAAACAAGGUUGAUGUACGUAUGGUGUUUUUAAUUUCUUGUACUAAACUAAUUUCGGCCUAUA